CGACGAAAGUUUCCUGGAAUAUGUGUAUGCGAUGGUCGAAAUCGGUAAGCGAGGAAAAGUAGAUGAAGUGUCACUGUGUGAGUAUGUAGUUCGCGGAAUAGAGGACGACCCACGAAAUAAAGCUUGCCUUCUGCAGUGCAAUUCUCUAAGAGAAUUGAAAGUGCAACUCAAAGUGUACGAGAAGUUACGGCAGCAAAUGAAUCUUCAUAAAAUCAAGAACAAUGGCCAGAUUCCCCGAGUGCAGAAAGAAGGCAGUGCGGUCAGACGAGUUGCGGACAAAUACGACGGUUGUUUUAAUUGUGGUGACAAAUUCCAUCGAUCACCAAUGUGCCCAAAUAAACCGAAAGGCACCAAAUGUUUUCGGUGCAAUAGUUUCGGGCACAUCGCGAAACAGUGCACGAAUACCAGGAAGAACGAAGAACCAAGGAAUGUUUGUGUAGUUACCACCGUGCCAAAUGUUCCGGUUACUAUCGGGUCAGUUGUUUACAAUGCGGCAGUGGAUACGUGCAGCGAAGCAACACUACUAAGAGAAGACGCGCUCCGGUCAAUUCCCCGAAAAGAACAGCAAUUGAAGAAGUCAUCGUUACGCCUCUACGGUCUCGGCGGCAAUGGCAUGACAGCAUUGGGAGAGUUCCAGUAUUCGCAUUAAAUACACCAAUGCUGCUCGGGAUGGAUUUCUUGUGUACGAAGAAAUUCUCCAUCACCAAUGAAGGUGUUAAAAUCAACAAGCUGGACACAAG